UUAAUAUUAUUAGUCUUACCUUUCUGAUGUGAUGGUUGUGCCCUCUCUUCCCCACCGUGGCAGCCCCCGAGCUGGGGCUGGGAAGGAGUGGAGUCUCUCCCUCUCUCCCCCUCCGCAGUAGCUCCCGAGCUGCGGUUGGGAAGGAGCGGGGUUUUUCCCCCACCACAGCAGCCACAGAGCUGAGGCUGGGAAGGAGGGCCAUCUCUCCCCAGCAGCCACAGCCUGGAGCUGGAGAAAGUCGCCUUUUUCUCUGGCUGCCACAGCCCUGCAUGACCCAAAUUCCCUCCAACCGAUCUUCUCACCCCACUGCCCCCUCCCACCUACCCCUUCGUCCCCCCAAGUCCACCACCUCAUCUUACAGGUGUGUCUUCUCUAGAGUCCAGGCAUCUACUUAUUGGAGCCACGCCUGCGUGGCUCCACUAAUUAGGUGGGUGGCCCUUCAUUCUCUUGUGUGUGCCACCCAGGCGCACACCUUAGGGGGGGCUAUCCGCGGACCACCUGAAUGGAGCUCGCGGACCACAGGUUGAGAACCUCUGCUCUAUACCACUCAUUCUAACUGGCCAUGUAUAUCUAUGUGGGAUCAUAGUGACUCCUACAGUGUGGAUUAGGUUGCACAGAUCUUCACUGUCACCCAGACUGCACUGCAUGGGCUCCUCAAUGUUAGGGCAUUGAGCUUCUAUGGGCCCUAAUUCCCCACAAAUAUAACUUCUACACAUAGCCCUAGUUAUCCCCCUAUGCUUUGGGCUGUUAGGUGUCACACUGCAGCCAUCUCCCGCCAGUUCUCCAAGUCCCUUCAUGGCCUCUGGCUGCUCUUUUGUGUCCCUCCUCCCCAACAUAGUUCUGCCCAAACUUUAAGUUUGGGUCUGGAACUGGCUACUUGGUCAGGCGCUUCUCUUUUCCAGUAGUCCGAGAAAGCUCUCUGGCCAUUAAAGGCCUUUCUAUGAGAGCGACUAAAUCAUAGUAAGAGGAAGAGUCAUUUUGGCCAACUCGCUCUCGUAGUCCCCUCAAGAAUCUGUCCAAAACCAAGAGUGCUAUGAUCUGUUCUAUACUGUGGUUGUUGGGAUGCAGCCACUUCCGUUUCAGUUGGAUCAGGUCAAACAGUUGUGAUCUUGGCACUUUGCUCUCCUGGUGCUUCAACUUGUGAAAUCUCUGGGCCCUUGCAGGUGUAGUCACUCUCAGCUUUCAACUGGAAGUAGUUUUUAACAGCUUCCCCUGCCAUGUCAUAGUAGGCCUUCUGGGCCUCCCCACACAGGUAAGGAGCAAGGAUACCGGCCCACCUGUCUCAGAGCCAGGCCUCGCUUAGGGUCAUUCUUUCAAAUGUGAAGAGAGAUGCCUUGAUGUGAUCCCCUGUUAUCUUUUGCAGAUAACUGCUGGCCACCUCCCAGAGCAGUCAGGACUUUCAGUUGCCUCACUACCUCCUGCAGGGUGACUCAUUCCUGGACUGCCUGGUUCAUCAGCUGUUGAUUUGUCUCUUGUUGUAGUCAUAUAGAUUCGUGCUGCAUGGCCAUCUGGUCUCUAGUAGCCUCUUGUGCCGCAGUGGCCUGUAACAGUGCCCUCACCACUUUGUCCAUUCUCAGGAAUGAUCUACCCCGGGGACAGUCCCUGUAUGAAUUUCUACCUGAUACCACAUGUGGCAGGGUACCUCCUUUCUUUUGUUGGUCUCAGCAUUUCUCCCUUGGGCAGGGAGGGGGUCUGGAGAAAAUCAGUUUGACUCCAGAAAGUUUUUUGCUUCACUCUGUUUUAUUUUUCCUUAUUUACAUGGUGGGCCUCACGUUAAGCCCAAGAAGUUCUCUUAAGGAAAAAACAAAAAAACAAAACCCAAACUCACAAAACAAUCAGAAAUACUUUUCUCUGGCCCCUCUCUGGGGUGUUGACCUACUACACUGGCACCUAGUUGACAGUUCUUCUCCCAGGCAGAUGUUUCCUUUGUUUCUUUCCCUAUAGGGAGCAGAAAGAGCUUUCCAUCCAGGGGAAGCCUUUCCUUCCUGCUGCUGCCACUACCCCUGCCACAGCUUGUCUCUCAACUCUCCCCUUCUCUCUUUUACUGGAAGAGGGUUUUUUAAAGGUCAUUGGCAGCCCCUAACUGGCUUUAGGUGUCUCUAGUUAACCCAAGGUAAACUUUUUUAAGCUCAUAGGGAACAGGGCCUACAUCAUUCUGGGGCUGCUAUAUCUUCUCUCCUCUUCUUUCUCAUGUCUGUCAGAACUGACUUUGUCACAGAAUGCAGAAGCACUCUUGCAAAGAAUUACAGUCACCAUGAUAAAUAACUGUUUUUGAUGUACCCUAAUCUUGGCCUCAUUAUAUAAAUAUAACCACAGCUCAGACAUUUAAGAUUUGGUGGGAAGUCACUAUGAAAUUUAGCUUUACCAUAUAAUAUAACUUAUUAUCUUAGUUUUUAAGAUCUUGGUUGCUCAGCACUGAACUUGCUUCAUAAAAUAAUAUCUUUCUUAAUAGAAAAAAAGACACAAAAUACAAUACUGUAAAAGAGGUAUAUUCUGUAAUCAAAAUAUGCAUUUUUUUUUGUAUGUGUAUGCUCUCUUUAGUCUGUGGUGCUGGUGAAGACAUUUUCAUAUUUCCUGGUUGGGGAAAAAAGAUGACUGCUUAUGUCAGAAAUAUUAUUGGAGAAAAGAAGACCCUGUUGUUGGAAAUAAACAGGAACAAAGUUCUGGAAAUGGAGUGGGGAGGUGAAUAUUCUCUUGAUUCUUCCAACUUAGACUGUUUGUUAAACAUUCUUCCUGGGGACCUGGAGUUUCAACAGAUCCUCAGUGACAUUGAUGAGAAAAUAAAGAAAAAUUCUGCUAGUGUGGAACAAUGCCUUAAAGAGCUACAAUCAGAAAUAAAUGAGACUUGUACUGAUGAGCUGUUACAAAACACAACUAACUGCCUUCACUGGUUGAAUAACUGCAGUUUCAGUUCCCUCAAACCUUCUUCUACACCUCGUGGAGAGUUGAUUGAAUUUCUUAAAACUCUGCAAAGCUUGCUGAGGAAUGAACAAAAUCAAGAAGAAAUGAUACUACACUUUCUUCUGGAUCUCUCCAGUCAGUGUGGGGUCUCAUUUCCAUGUACUCCAAGUGGGACAUCUUUUGAGUUAACAUCCAGAGCUUCUCUUCAUGCCAUUGAGGAUGAUUCAUUUAUGAAUAUCAAGACUGUUUGGGAUGAUGUGAGAUUACACCUUCGACGUUUCUUAGUAAAUAGACUUCAGAGUCCUCAUGAAACAAAUACUGCUACUUUAAAACAAAUGCAAUUUAAAACUCAGUGCAUACAACAACUUUUGUUUCUAUAUCCAGAAUCCGAAGUUCUAACCAAGUACCAAAACAUGCAGAAUAAAUUGGUUUCUGAGCUUCUGCAGAACUGUGUUCUAUCUAGCUGUGGUGAAACAAACUUUGAUAAGGUGGUUCAUGGUUACCAAAGUUCAAUACCUACACUAUGCACAAUGAUAAAAGAGGAUUUGUAUAUACUAAGUGGUACUAUAGAUCCUUCCUCAACACUGACGUUUAUUAAUGAAACUUACCUGGAUACUGUCACAGAAGAAAUAACAAUUCUUCUUGAAAGACUUUGUGAACUGCAGUUCAGAGAAAAUGCUCUACAUAUGAUUAAGACAAGCAAGAUUUCAAAGAAGCAUAGAGGAACAGUUCAUGCUUUGGCUACCCAAGAAUGCCUCAGAAAAGGAAGGAACUUUUGUUUAACAUUGUAUCAACUCAAAUGUCUUUCUCAUCUUAUAAAACUCUUUUUGUUUAUGGAAGAAAAAGUUGAAGAACUCUCUGCAGAAAUUCUGUUGUUGCCUUGUUUCACUGAGAAGAACAAAAAUGUUCAAGGAGUUCUGAAGAAAGCUAGUGGGGAGCUUUUAAUAGGGGAAACUAGAGCAAAUGAAACCAGUGUGCAUCCUGAACAGUUACUUCAGGUAAAAGAGACUACUUUACUGGAUUUUAGCUGGAGGAAUGCAUUUAAAGGCCUGUCUUCUUCUGUGGCACACUGUAUAACAAUAGCAAUUGAAGAUUUUUCAACUAAAAUUCUUCAGCUUGAGCAGAAAGAAGAGUCUUCAGCUGCAGUCUAUACAAUGAGCCUAGUAAACAUCCAGCAAACGAGGGAGUCCUGGGAAACAGUCCACGAGGAGGAACAACCAAAACGAAUUGCAAAGUUUUGUUAUGACAUCAUGGAAGAACUUGACACAGUGCUUCCACUGGCUCUGGCAUGCAGAGAUGAUUCUCUUCAGGAAAUUAGAGCAAACUUUGUAGAGGCCUGCUGCAAAGUAGCAACAGCUGUCCUGGAAAGGUUGGAGGAGAGAAGCAAAGAAGUUCCCUUCAAGGCUCCACUGCAAAACUUGUAUGCUGUUCUCUCCACAGCAGUACAUGUUUUUCAGCAUUUUAUGAUGUAUGAUAAUUUAAUGAGAGAGACCAGCAAGAAGCCCCUGUUCCUAGUGCCUGUCCAGGGAUAUCAGGAAUUCAUCAACGUUCUCCAGUUUCAAGUUACCAACUACUGCGUCAGAGUUUGUGCUACAAGUAUUUUACAGGAUGCUGAGAGCCACCACUGGGAUGACUACAAAGCUUUUUAUGAGGGGGAAAGAUGCUCAUUCUCUGUCCAGAUGUGGCAUUAUUUCUGCUGUGCUCUCCGACAUGAUCUGUGGACUAUUCUACCCCCCAAAUUAGCCCAGGAGAUUCUUAAAGAAGUGCUGGAGAAAUCUUUGGCUGUGCUAGCCUGCAGAUAUUCUCAAGCCCAUCCCAGUUACAAGAGAACUCCACAGAUAAGAAUUGAUAUCACAGCGAUUUUAUUAUCUACUGAAAAUAUGCUGUGGUCAGCUUGCUGCUCAGUGCAGGAACUUUUGAAUCCACAUAAAGACAAAGAUGCCAAGAUCUAUAAAAUACACAACCACUGCAACAAUCUGUUCUCUGCACUUGCCAUUUUAACCGCACCUUUGAAGAAUCUGUAUGAGACAUUUCAGAAUGGUUUUGGUGAGCUAUUUCCAUCAGAUUUCUCCAAACCAAAUAUCAGUCGCCCAUUACACUGGCUAUCUUGCCUAACACCAUUUUGUCGUCCUUUACUUAUGAUUCCAUCAACCGGAGAAAUGGCAGCCCAGGGUCAACUGAAACUGCUCUUAUCCCAACCGUAUUGUAAUUGGAACUUGCUUUUGGAAACACUGCUACAUCAGGAUUGUCUCUUAGUUAAAAUUUUAUUGGAAAGUUCAAAAAUUGAAGUAUCAAAAUAUGAUGAACAAAGUUCCUGCAUAAAACAGAUAAAUAACAAAGAGCCUACUUUGACUGAAGCAAUCUUUACAGUAUUAUCCUAUUGCAUUUUAUCACCCAAAUCGCUUAGUAGUGCUCUUGAGAGCUACAUGAAAAAAGAGCAACUAUGGGAUUGUUUUUACAAUAUAUCAGUUUCUAGUUGUGGUGAAUCAGAGCCAGAGGUUAUCAGAUGUUUGAAGCUGACUUUGAUUAAUUCAGUCAAGGGUAUAGUGAAGCAAAUAAUUUCUUUGAUGCAUUCAUGGGAGGCAACAGAGAACUAUGGAACCUAUCAACACAAGCAAAUAGUUCCUGAAAGUUUGCUGAAGACAGUUCCAAAGGAAUGGAAUUAUACACCUAGAGAAAUGAAGAGAAAAGACGCUGGGAAAUGCUUCACAAGUCUUGCAGCUCAGGCUGUAUCUAUUGUAAUCGGCAAGUUACCUACAGUGAUUGCAUGUUUGCCUCCCCCAAUUAAAUACUUCUUUUUUCUGUCUGAGAGGAAAAUGUCAAAAAACUUUGUUGAAUUGAAGAAAGCUGGUCUGCUUGUCUGGAACUUGAUUGUAAUUAUAUGUCGGAUAUUUGAGGAUGGAAACACCGCAGAACUUUUAACAGGUGCAACGCUUGACAGAUGGAGCAAAGAGAAACUCAGUUUAAUUCGUGUGUGUUUGGAAAGUAUUGUGGGAAAACAGAAAAGUAGUCCUAAACAAGUAGCACAGAAGGUUAUACAGAGUAUAGAACAUCAAAGACCAAACUGGAUUGAAAGCCAGUUGCUGAAAGCAAGAAAAUUGAGCACUAACUGUGCCUUUAUUUCAGUAGAAGAAGGUGCAGGGUUAGAGAAGGAAGGUAUUGCAUUUGAAUUGACUGAGCAGAAAAUAAACAUGAUGGUCCUGGAUAUCUGCCACAAACCAGGUGGCAGCAAGUACCUGAGGCAAAUUUAUCACAUCAUCCGGCUCAAUGAGGAUUAUUUGAAAGAGCUGCUGUCUUGUGGGAAUUCUUCUGAAGAGGAUGUAAUGCCCAUUGAACAUUCACAUUUGACAUUGAGGAGUGCACAAGAGCAGCCUGUUUUCAAUCCUUUCCAGGUGCAUCGUCAAUAUUGUGCAAAUGUGUUUGAUCAGUCAGCCAUUACUGAAUGGAACUGGGAUUGGUCAGUCUUGCUGACAAAUUAUCUGGGACUGAAUCAGAUGACAUUCAGGGCACUGCUGGCACACAGAUGGGAGAUGAAAGAAGAUGGAGCUCUGGAAGAGGAAGAAAAAGCUAUGGUGGAACACCUAAAAAAAGUUUAUUUCAUACCGACCCCUCUUGCCUCAGAAGAUAAAGAAGAACUGUCACCUUGAAAAGAGUUUGUGUAGCACUUCCUGCUGAAUUAAACAUUAUUACAAUAAUUGUUUAGUGAUAACUGAAAAAAAUCCCUCUUAUGCAUACAUUAGAUGGCUAGAAAGCAGGGGAACUUGUAUCUUGAUGAGUAGCAGUUAGAAACUAAAGGAUGUUGCUCUAUUAUUGCCUAGUCACUCCCUUAAAACAGCAACUGUUAUGUGUGUGUGGUAGCCAAGAAUAACAUGAAAAUGCUGUGUUACACAGUAGGACAUACCUUGGUGCAGUGGAAACAAGAAGCUGAAGGCCAAAUGAGAAACUGUUUUUAAAGCAUAAAACCACAGCAUUAUACAUACUACUACUUUGGACAUUUUCCAGCUUAAGUUUGCCAGUAUAUUACAGAUGUCAUGUGGGCGUCCAAGUGUAUCUAACCCUAUGUGGGUAUGCCAGAGGUUAGAGAUCAGAGCUCAGGAAGCCUCUUCCCUAGUUCCAUCCAAACGCACCCUUAUGAAGGACUGCUCAGGUUAGUGGUGAUAGGCUCCCCAAAGAAGGGGAAGAUUCCCAAGACUAUGCCAUAGAUCUGACCUUUCACCUCAGCACCCACCUUUUUUUGUGGAGUGCAGCGGAUACGCCCUUGUAAGUGACUAUUGCAGAGGCUGCUUCCUCAGAGAAAUUGUGCCUGCCUCAGGCAUACUGCUCCCACUGAGGUGGAACAUCUCCUCAUCCACCAUGCCAUGAGGCUCAGACUUAAAAGCACAUUGUUCCCAACAGCUUUAAAGUUUAAAAGGCCUUUAAAAUGCAUGCUUUUAUUGAAAACAAAACAGUUCAAGUGCAGACAAUGCAAGAACCAUCUUAACAGUGAACUGAGAAAUGAAAAAUCUAUUUUUCCAUCCACUGUUUCUUUCUAAUGUAAGUAUAGUUAAGUCCCCUUUUCAAUGAUAAAACCUUUACAGCUGUGUUAUCUGAUAUUCAUAUCUGUCAUAGUCAAAAUUUGUAUUUUCAUCUGAAAUCUCCUUCAAGUAAACCAGUUUUUAAAAGCUUUUUAGAUGUCCCUGUUGGCUGCAAGGAAGGGCUUAUGAACAUUCCUCUAUUGUAAAAAAAGCCAGACAUUUUUAUACUUACUUUUUUGCUUUGGAAGCAUGGAGUUCUCGUUUCCCUUACUUUGCUGGAGGAUACUGACAAGAGCUUAGUAGGGCUGUGACCUGAGCUGUAGCUCUCCAUAAACAAAUGGAAAUUUGGACCCAGUGUGACCUCUCUUUUCCAAAGGACCUUGGUAAGAUCACUUUAAGACCUAAAUAGUGAUUCUGCAUGAAACUCUAAUCUAAUCCAAUCUCCCCUGACUGGUCAUUUUUCUAAUGCAGACCAGACAUUAGACCAUUUCAAAUGAUAUCUGCAUCUCACAGUCUUCCAAAUAUCUUGCCUGGGUCCACCAGCAAAGAGAGAAAUGAGGCAUUGAUAUUUCUAAAGUGUUAAAAAUAAAAAUGAAAAAGCAGCCUUUUUUCACCUUGAGACAGUCAUUAUACAUCAUAAAGAAGUGCUGGAGGGUAAAAACAAUUUCUCCCUGCUUUGGAUUUCACUUUUAAAACCACAACUAAGCUUUUAAAGCUUGAAACAUGGAUAACGGGAUUCCCUAAAAUGAUAGAUGCAAUAUGCUGACAAAUGAGGCAUACAUGCUCCUAGCCAUAUUAAUAAUAUGUCAAGUGGUUGGAGGUCAAUCAGCAUACUUGUAUUAGUCUGUCCUAUUCUGUCAACAUUUAUUUUACUGUGUAGAAUAUCUAAUUAAUUUGUUAUUGUAUAGUCAUACAAAGUAAGGGCUUGUCUACACAGAGAAGUUGACUGAAAUGGCUAAUCCACAAUAGCUCCCCAUGUGAUGCUCUUAUUCCAGAAUAAGAGUGCCUUUUUCUAAUAAACUUUGGAAGUAGAUUAAGAUAAACUGAAAAAAAGCACUCCAUGUGGGGAGUUACUCUGGAAUAGGUAUAAUGCUUUAAAUUGACACCCUCCCUUAUUCCAAAAUAAAUGCGUGGGCAAGCCUUAAGAAUUCUCAAUACCUCUCUGCAAAAGUUCACUCAGUAGCAAUCCAGUGGAAAACUCUGGGAUAGUUACAUCUUCCACAGUAGAGAUAUAUAUAUAUCUUUAUAUAUAUAUAUAUAUAUUUAAUCUUUACAAAGUAAAGCUAAAGAGAUGGAAUCAGCAGUCUGAAUAAAGUCUGAAAAUGUUCACAAUAUCUUACUCAGAUGUUUUUCUUGUGCAAAUCUACUCUGUCUUCAUAAACCUAAGAGUCUAAACUAAUUCAUAUUUGAAGCUGAAGUUUCCCCUAAAUCAUUAGAGAGGAAUACAGGUACAGUCCAUCUGAAAUGUUCCUUCUCACUGACUCUCAAGAUGUAAUGGGGGAAAUAACUUGUAUUGAGCAGGCACUUUUGCAACAUUCUGUGUUUGUUUUUGAGUGGAAUUAAGUCUGAAUAAGAGCAAUGGAGUUUAUAAUUAUGAUUGCUAAAUGGAAUACCAUUGAUUUGUCAGAAAGACUGUUUAUUUUAUUUAUUUAUUUUGAAGGAGAGCAAGAAGUAAUACUUAAAAGAGGCUGCUUAUUUUUACAUCUGUUUCACCUCUAUCUAAAAUUAAGAAUAUUUGUAUAACAGGACCCUGCUUUCCUUAACUUCCCCCCAUAAAAUAGUGUCUGUAUACUAUAUUUAAAGUUAAAAUUUAUCUCCAGAAAUUACUUUAAUUUUUAAGUGACAUAUUCAUACUCUUAUAUCUAUUUGCUCCCUUAAUUUAUAUACUAGCUCUUCUCAUAUGCUUGUUGAUCCAAGACUGGCUUUCACAUAUUUACACUCAUUCUUAGUUGAGAAAGGCUAGGAGGUGAAAUAUAGAGAUUUUAGCAGAGUGAAUUCACAAGAAAAGAAAGAUAUAAUUGUAAAAGAUAUAGGAGUUUAAGGGCCAGAUUCACUCCAGUGGUGCUUCACUGGUGUAAUCUGACCCCAUAGCCAUGCUAAUUUUCCUGGAAAGACCAAGUGUAAGGAUGUCACAGGUGGUACUGGUCCUCUAAGAGUAAAGAGGCUAGUGCACCUGUGUCUGGCCAGCUGACCCUAGGCCCUAAAGGAAGGGAGAUUGGGUGAGUCAGGUAUGAGAGUUAGUGAGGAGUGGAGGAAAGAGAGAAAACAAGAGAAAGCACUCAAAUAUGGGGCUCUAGCUGCCUGAAAGAGAGGCUGCUGAGAGCAGAGUGUUCUGCAGGAGUUCACUGGGACUAGGGAGACAAGGAGAAGCCUGGACGGUGGGAGGAAGAAACUCUGGAAAAAGGGGAAGACCCAGGGGAAUACAUGGGGCAUGGAGCUUGGAAAAAACCUGGGAGGGACAUAAGACUGUGAUUAAGCCCAGGAUGGGUGGAUAUUGUUUGCACUGUUGCUUUGUUUGUGCUUUUGAACUCUAGAAGGGAACUUUGGGGUAAGCCCGAGAGCCCACCAGUCUGAAGGAUGACUGAGACUGAUGAAGACCCUGGAGUCACAGAAGGAAGUAGAGCUUGGACCUUUUAAAUUAUGUUAUUGAACUUUAUUUGAGGAUUUGUGAUGUCCAUAUUAAUCAAUUACCCCUGGGUGAUGGUAGCCUAAAAGAAUGUUGGAGAAAUAUUCGUGAGGAACCUGAGAAGGGAAAAACAAGGGUGGGGCACCUGGAGGACCAUGCCACAGCAUGAGGGUGCACUCUGACAUGAUGAUCCUAUGACAAAGGAUUACACUUCUGUUGGAUACAACUAACAUAGCCCUGUCUUGAUGGGCUAACUCAUCUGAGCUACCUUAACAUGAUAGGAAAGUUCUCUUACCGCUCAAUAUAAAGGGAAGGGUAAACACCUUUAAAAUCCCUCCUGGCCAGAGGAAAAACCCUUUCACCUGUAGAGGGUUAAGAAGCUAGGAUAACCUCGCUGGCACCUGACCAAAAUGACCAAAGAGGAGACAAGAUACUUUCAAAGCUGGGGGGGGGAGAGAAACAAAGGGUGUCUCUGACUGUGUGGUGUUUUGCCAGGAACAGAAAAGGAAUGGAGUCUUAGAACUUAGUAAGUAAUCUAGCUAGAUAUGCGUUAGAUUCUGUUUUGUUUAAAUAGCUGAUAAAAUAAGCUGUGCUGAAUGGAAUGUAUAUUCCUGCUUUUGUGUCUUUUUGUAACUUAAGGUUUUGCCUAGAGAGGUUCUCUAUGUUUUGAAUCUGAUUAUCCUGUAAGGUAUUUACCAUCCUGAUUUUACAGAGGUGAUUUUUACUUCAAUUAAAAUUCUUCUUUUA